AUGGACGAUGGUCUUGUGCUGAAUCUCGUGCAAGACGACCAGUCUACAGUGCGCAAGCCAAGUCGACAGGCCAAGAAAGGGGGCAGGUGGACCGACCGGCUGAAAGCAAAGCGGGUCACGCAACGCAAACCACGCUCAGAUGAGCCUACAGUGGCACAAGAACCCACGGACAUUCCCCUACCCCGUCCAACGAAACGCGCACGUAACGAAUAUACGCCUUCCAGGACGGAACAUGUAGAGGAACGUACCCCCGCGAUUACUAGACCGCCAACACAGAUCAUCUCCUCCCUAUUCAGUUUCAAUCCCAAGGUAGAGCAGCCGAAGCAAUCUUCUCUGCCGAAAGCAUGCUUUCGUCCGAGUAAUGCUCCCCUAGCGGAUUCGUCAACGUUUGCGGGUCUGGGUUUGGAUCCUCUGAUUGUUGCACAUCUUUCUUCUAAAAUGGAUAUCACCAAGCCAACGUCCAUUCAGCGGGCAGCUCUUCCAGUCCUAUUAUCUAGCGGACCUCACAGCGUCUCUGAUAGGGACAUAUUCAUUCAAUCGCAAACGGGAUCUGGCAAAACGCUCUCAUUCCUGCUGCCCAUCAUUCAGGACCUACUGCCGCUCAGUUCCCUCUCUUACAUCGACCGCUCCAUCGGAACGCUCGCCAUCGUCAUUGCUCCUACACGUGAACUCGCAAAGCAAAUUUCCGAUGUAUUGGACGUGCUUCUAAACCUACGACUGCGUCCACCAGAUGACUCUGCAGAAAGUCCCGACACCGCACCUCGUCUCACUCGAUGGCUGGUAUCUGGACUACUGACGGGCGGAUCUACGCGCACUCACGAAAAGGCACGUCUACGUAAGGGAGUGCCGAUUCUAGUGUCCACGCCGGGUCGCCUGCUUGAUCAUCUGCAAAAUACCGCAUCAUUCAACGUUAGCAAAUGCCGAUGGCUAGUGCUUGAUGAAGCUGAUCGGCUGAUGGAACUCGGCUUUGAGGAGACGAUACAAGGUAUAUUGCGCGGGUUGGACGGACGGCGAAAAUUGGCAAUGCAGGCUGUCGAAGAAGGCAGAACUAUGGAAGUAGGUGGUUGGGACUGGCAGAAACAGAGGAGGACCAUUCUAUGCUCGGCUACGAUCAGGGAAGAUGUGCAGAAGCUGGCGGGAACGACACUGAAAGACCCUGUCGUAAUCAAGGCUACUGAGAGCGACCUGCCAGCAUCCGUCAGCGAUGAUCCUGAAACCGACAAGGCUGUCAUGCCGUCUCUGACAAGCAGUCAGAGAUUCACUCCUCCAUCACAAUUGACCCAGAGAUACGUAAUCGUCCCCCUCAAGCUGCGCCUAGUAACUCUCGUCGCAUUGCUCCGAUCUUUAUUGGCGCAAGCCAGCGGCAGAAGGGGAACGAAGAUUAUCGUGUUCCUCAGCUGCACUGAUUCAGUAGAUUUCCACUGGACCCUGCUUGGCGGCACUUCCAUGAACGAUGAGCAAGGAGCCUCCAAUAUCGAUUCAGAAGCGGAGACUACACAGGAUGAGGAUUCCAAUGCGCCUCGGCGAACUACUAAAGUGAGGCGACCGGGUGCAGGGAAAGUGGAAGCCAAGUGCGCGUUGCUACCGGAUACCUCAGUGUUCAGGUUACAUGGGUCACUUCCUCUACAGACUCGACAAGCUUCACUGCGUGGCUUCUCCUCUGUGCCAUCAUCUAAGACUUCGGGCAGCACCUCCUCGAUCCUUCUCUGUACAUCAGUCGCCUCUCGCGGUCUUGACCUCCCGCUAGUGCGAGCCGUGAUUCAGUAUGACCUCCCUACAGAAGGCGGCGCGACGGAAUAUGUUCACCGAGUCGGUCGCACGGCGCGUGUAGGCAAGGGUGGUGAGGCCUGGAGCUUCGUGGAGCCAAGCGAGAUAGAGUGGGUGAAGUGGGUUGACGCCAAGAUGCAGGGAGACACGAAGCCUGUCGGGGAGGAGGCGGAUCAGAAAAAGAGCGUCGGGCCGCAGGGCAUUCCGAUGGAAAGUGUGCUAAGGAGCGGCUUCGGCGGGGAAGGGGAUGAGUACGAAGAGCGAGCAACUGAAGUGCAGCUCUCGUUCGAGCGAUGGGUGUUACGGGGCAAACAUAACGCUGAAAUGGCCCGGAAGGCGUACCUAUCACAUAUGCGGGCAUAUGCGACGCACCCAUCAGAUGAGAAGCACAUCUUCCACAUCCGCCAUCUGCAUCUUGGCCACUUGGCUAAGGCGUUCGCCCUUCGGGAGGCUCCGACUGCUGUAACUAGCGCCAGCGCGAAGCCCUAUUUCAAACAGAAGAAAUCAGCUGCGCAGCACAUUGCUUCCGGCAAGACUGCAAGGCGGCGGAAGAGAGGCCAAGAUUCCGACGACGACUUCGAUAUCGCUGAUUCGGAGAAACGGAUGGAGAAGGUAGUGAGAGCUCAGGGUCGAUUGACCAAGAAAGCCGGGAAGAUGGUCAGCUCUGGGGUGUCUGAAUUCCAAAUAGCAGACGGAUAUGCAUUGGAAAGGCUUGUUCAAACCUCUCGGACAUGA